GUCGUGGUCAAACUGUUGAGACACGGCAGAGUCGCGGCAUCGCCGGAAAGAUGAGCUCGAUCGACUUCGACGAGGUGCUGGUACACGUGGGAGAGAAGGGCCGAUACCAGAACAUCAUGUACUACUUGCUGUGCAUACCCGCCACCCUGCCGGCCGCCUUCUUGGCGUUCUCGCAAGUGUUCGUGAGCGCCUCGCCAGAGCACUGGUGCAGGAUACCGGAACUGGAGAACCUGACGGAUCUGAUGUCGUUGGAGGAGCGGAAGGCGCUCUCGCUGCCGUACUCGGUCAAGCCCGACGGCAGGAGGGUUUAUUCCAAGUGUCAUAUGUACGAUGUGAAUUACACGGAGAUAAUUGAUUCGUGGCUCGAAGGCGCCAAUCUGUCCAACACCACCGACAGCCCGUCGCUGACCACGUCUCCGUCGUUUGAUUCACCGUCGACCCGAUUGCCAUCGCCGCCGGUCAGUAGCCCCGACUGGCCGAUCGCCGAGUGCCGGUACGGGUGGAACUACGAUACCAGGGACUACGACAGCACCCUCGUGACCGAGCUAGACCUGGUAUGUGACAACAGCUGGUGGCCUUCCACGUCGACGACAUUUUUCUACGUGGGCAGCCUCUUCGGCAACGUCGUGUUCGGCUGGAUCGCGGACAAAUGGGGCAGAAGGACGGCGUUUUUCGCCAUUCUGUUUCUCGAAGUGAUAUUCUCCAUCGCUACGAGCUUCAGUCCGAACUACGUCAUCUAUACGGCGCUGAGGACCGUGAAUGGUCUCUUUUUUCCUGCCAUUUAUCAGAUACCUUUCAUACUUGCUCUCGAGUUAAUGGGACCGAGAUACCGAACGUUUGCUGGGAUGGUGAUCUGCAUGUUUUUCGCCACGGCGAUGUCCCUCCUGGCGCUGCUGGGUUACUUGUUAAGACACUGGUAUACCCUGUCGUUAGCCACAUCGGUGCCUUUCAUUCUUCUCUUCGGUCUCUACUGGAUCAUCCCCGAGUCACCGCGAUGGCUUCUCAGUAAGAAUAGAAUAGACGAGGCGGAAGCGAUCGUUCAACAAAUGGCAAAGAUCAACGGCAAAACAGUGCCCGCGAACUUUCUCAGAAAAAUGGAGAUAGAAAUAUUAAAGAGGCAAGGGGUAUCGUGUAACGGUAGGAAUUCCAACGACGUGGAGGGCGAGAACAGGACGCCGCCGCCGUCCGCGACGCCCAUGGACCUGAUCACAAAUCCAAACAUCAGGAAGAAAUUCUUCAUUCUCGCUUUCGAUUGGGUGGCGAACGCGGUGGUGUACAACGGGCUGUCCUACAACACGACUAAUCUAGGUGUCUCCGAUUACCUGGCUUUCUUCAUUGGAGGAAUCGUGGAGAUUCCGUCGUACUUUAUUACGUGGUACGCAAUGGACAGAUUAGGCAGGAGAUGGGUACUGUGCGCUACCAUGAUGCUGGGUGGGCUCGCUUGUGUGUCCUGCAUGUUCGUGCCCGAAGACGCGGUCUGGGUGACGGUGAGCCUGGCGAUGAUCGGCAAAUUCGGCAUCGCUGCGUCGUUCGCCGUCUUCUACGUCUUCGUCGGCGAGCUGCUGCCGACCGUACUAAGGUCCCAGGCGAUGGGCAUAGCCUCCUUCAUCGCCGGUAUCGGCCUCCUCACCUUCCCCUACAUCGUUCAUUUGGCGGUCUACUCGAGAGUCUUACCCCUGAUCGUGAUGGGAUCGCUGAGCGUCGCCGGCGCUCUCACUUCCAUAUUCCUGCCGGAGACGCUCAAUAUCCACCUGCCGCAGACGGUCGAGGAGGGCGAGCUCUUCGGGGCUGAUUUCAAGCUGUGGUCCUGUCCGACGAUACCAAAGAAAAGUUCAAGCAAGUCCGAGUCCGUGCCGUUGAGGUACUUAGUGAACGGCGGACCGGGUAGUCGCUCGUCUACCUCGAAAGUCGCGUCGCAGGAAGGCGCGACUACGUCGGAGGGCGAGAAGCCAGCUGCCGUGCUGCCCUCGAAGGAAGAAGAGGCGAAGAACUUAAGCGCACCAAAGGCGGAGGAGCUGACGAAUAUCGAGGUCGUCGGGCCGAAGACGGCUAGCGCGGUGGUGGAAGUGACCGUGUGCCGGAAGUCGCAAUGAGACAGGACGGAAUAACGAACAGUAUCUUAUAAUUAACUCUUUACAACGUUGUAUCAUAAUUACCAGUGUAGACACGCAUUGUAUUUAUUUUUCCAUUUAUUAUAAUGUACUUCCUUUGUAAAACCUGCCUGAGUUUGUCGACUAGCACGAUUCGUUCCCUGUUUUCUGUGCUGCUGAAGAGUGCUUCCGACUCGUCGUCGUUGUGUGCGUGUACAUUGCGUGUGAUUGAUACGCCGUACGAGGAUUAACGUCCGGGAUCUGCGAGAACUCCGGAGUGUAACGCUAUACUUUUUUUAUUUGUUCGGUUAGACGUCGAUUUUACAUUUGUCCUUAUUAAGAUUUUGUUGUGAUUUCAAUUAGUUUAAAUAAAAUAUGUUAAUAUCUAUUGAGACGGUUAACCGUCUGGGAAACCUUGCAUGAUCGAUAUUUUCACGUUCUAUAGCGAGAGCAAAGAUAUGGAUGCAGUUCGAUUUUAACAUACUUAUAGGCGGAAUAAGUAGCAAAUUAUACAGGCGGUCAGACAGUCACCAAGGAGAACUUGGCAGUCGCCUGUUUCUGUUUGAAUGACGUUUUGAGCAAUCCGCGAUCUCCUCGUUUCUCAUCCUUGAAUUUUAAGGACCGACUACUCCCACAGCCGUUAAAAUAAUCAUCGUUGAAUUACUUUGUCUUAAAAUUCCACGAUAACUAAUACAAAAUGCGUGAAAUUGUUCACAUCCAAGCCGGCCAAUGCGGCAAUCAAAUUGGCGCCAAGGUUAGUAUCCCUAAAAAAAUAUAAUACGACAAUGUCAAUCUCGAUUAGUUGAUUUGGUGUAAUAUCUACAUCACAUUUAAGUAUAGCGCAUAUUAUGUUUUAAAUAAAUAUCUAUAAAAAACUUGUAUAAAAUUUAAUUUAUCUUUUAAAACAUUAAUUAGAAACGCCACUUGAUUAAAUAUACGACGCUCUUAUCACGAUCAAUUUUUUUUCGAUUGGUGAUUCAUAUAUUUCUGUCUUUUCUAUUGCGUUAACACAUCUUUUCUCAGCGUUUAAUUCUAAUUUAUUUGUUGUUAACCAUUUCGUAGUUUUGGGAGGUGAUUUCAGACGAGCACGGCAUCGAUUCGACCGGCACU